GACCCCAAAUCUCUGUCACGCGCGCUGCUUCUCCGGAUCAUCCUCUGAACCAGUGCUCACUCUCUCUUUCUCUUUCCUCCUUUUUCUUGUGUGCUUGUGCCUUCUCUUCAUUUCCCUUGUUAUAUAUCCCAUUCCUCUGUCUCCACUUAUACUUGUUAUUAUUUGUCUUUCUCUUCUUCAAAGCUUACUCUUGAGUAUCAACAAUGGGUGACAUUUCUCCUUCUAAUGGCCAAGUUGAUGCAAGGAGAAAGAGCUGCUGGUAUGAAGAAGAGAUUGAACAGAACUUGAGAUGGUGUUUUGCUCUUAACAGUAUUUUACAUACUGGAGCUACUCAGUACCAAGACAUUGCAUUGCUGGACACUAAACCUUUUGGGAAAGCUUUGGUUAUUGAUGGCAAGCUUCAAAGUGCUGAGAUUGAUGAGUUUAUUUACCAUGAAUCUCUUGUUCACCCUGCUCUUCUCCACCACCCAAAUCCUGAGAGUAUUUUUAUUAUGGGAGGAGGAGAAGGAUCCACUGCAAGAGAGAUUUUGAGGCAUAGAACUGUUGAGAGGGUGGUCAUGUGUGACAUUGAUGAGGAAGUGGUAGAAUUCUGCAAAUCUUACCUUGUUGCAAACAGAGAUGCUUUUUUCGAUUCAAGACUAGAACUUGUUAUCAAUGAUGCAAGAGCCGAGCUUGAAAAGAGUGAAGGCCGAUACGAUGUGAUCAUCGGUGACCUUGCUGAUCCUAUCGAAGGCGGGCCGUGCUACCAACUCUAUACUAAAUCAUUUUAUGAAGACACUCUCAAGCCUAGACUCAGUGAUGAUGGCAUUUUUGUCACUCAGGCAGGACCUGCCGGAGUUUUCUCGCACACAGAGGUCUUCUCUUGCAUCUACAACACACUCAAACAAGUGUUCAAAUUUGUGGUGCCUUAUUCUGCUCACAUUCCUUCGUACGCCGAUACUUGGGGUUGGAUUAUGGCAUCUGAUUCUCCAUUGACACAAGAUGCUGAGGAAUUGGAUUUGAGAAUCCGGCAGAGGAUCAAAGGGGAGAACAGAUAUCUUGAUGGCAAGACAUUUGCAUCAGCUUCAAUGCUCAGCAAGGCCGUUAGAAUAUCGCUAGCAAAUGAAACUCAAGUAUACACUGAGGGGACGGCAAAGUUCAUCUACGGCCACGGUGCUGGUCACAAGUUCCAGUCAUCAACUUAGGUUUCGAAGAACCCGAACGGAGAUUUGGCUACCAAGUGAUCACAGAGUGAUGGAUAUUUUUGGCUCAGUUGAGGGAAUUAUGUAUUUGUGGUACCUUAGUACUUAUGAAUUCUCAAUGUAGCUUUCUCUUUUCAAUGUUCAAUUCAGUACCAGCUUCUCAUUUCAACUAAAUUUCAUCCCAAUUCAAGCUCUUAUGAUCAGAAAUUACAUUAUAUUUCACAAGAUAAAAUUUACCCGUGAAGAACAUUUGGUUCUUUUGUCCUUGUACUCUGCUUUCACUGACCAAAAAUUAUUCAGAAAAAAAAUGGAAAACUUCCUCUACUGACAAAUAACUCUUAUGCACAGCUAUAUAUAUACACACAUCAUCAUCAUCAUAAAAAAUAAAUAAAUAAAUAAAUAAUCAUGAUUCAAUGUUGCAAACAUAAACUAAUAUAUAAUCACAAGAUAACAAUAAGAAAUCAUCAUCUCUGCCAAACUUUCUCCUACUUGUACUCUGUUUUCCCCAACCAAGAACUCAUCCCAUAAACCAUGCACAUAAUUAAAAAACUCAUCAUGAUUAAUUCAAACUAACAACACAAGAUGAACAAAAUAUCCAUAUUGUACAUAUAUAUAAAACAAGAAAUCAGCAGAAAAAACAACAAUAACUGCAACAACAACAACAACAACGUGAACAUAAAAUUAUUCAGAUACAAAUUGAUAUUUAAAACACAUGAACAGAUAAACCA